AUGGAAGGAAUGGGUUAAGGAUCUGUCAUUGUGCUGAGAUGGGAGAAUUCAUCAUCCAGAGCUACGUCAUAUUUUGAGCAGGCAGGAAGAUCUGGAGAUAAAACUGCUACCAGCACUUUCUGGAGUCGACACUGAAAGUUUUUAUUGCGGUGAGCUUUGCAGCCAACAUGCUGCCUUUCCUCACAAGGAGCGAGUCAACUCUUCUGGACCCCAGACUCUACUACCUCCUCCUAAAUCUCUGCUUUUGUGCAACAGCUUGGCCACAUGAAGACAACUGCCCGAGCUCUGAGUGGAACGUCAUGUGUCGUCCAUGCUGCGAGUACCACCUGAUCCAGUGUCGCUGUCCUUCAAAAGGGUCGAAGGUCGGCUACACCGUUCCCUGCUGCCGCAACGCUCUGGAUCAGUGUGACCCCUGUAUCAUUCACCCAGGCUGCAGUCUGUUUGAGAACUGUAAAACCUGCCACAAUGGAACAUGGAAAGCCAAUGACGACUUCUUCAUCAAUGGAAAGUAUUGUACAGAGUGUCGCCAAGGCUGGAGCGGAGGGGACUGUAAAACAUGUGGAGGCGUUAUUCAGCGGGCUCAGGGUCACAUCGCUCUGGAGAGUUACCCAACAAACGCUCGAUGUGAAUGGACAGUGCAAGUGGAGAGAGACAGAAGCAUCGAGCUCAGGUUUUCACUUCUCAGUCUGGAGUCUGAUCACAGCUGUCGUUAUGACUACGUCGAGGUGCGAGACGGCGAUGAACUGAGCUCCCCUGUGAUUGGCCGGUUCUGUGGGGAUCGGUUACCCCCUCCGAUAAAAAGCUCUGGGAACGUUUUGCACAUCCUGUUCACCUCAGAUGGCUACCACAACUUUGAUGGCUUUGUUCUUACUUUUCAAGAAAGUUCAGUUUCAGGCACCAGGACUCCAGUGUGUGCACCCCCGGAGAAACUGGUGAAUGGAUAUUUGCUGCCUGUAUAUGGACCAAAGGAGGAGCUUGUGUCUGUAAAAUAUCGGUGCCAUCCACCUUUCACACUGAUUGGCUCCCAGCAGAGGAUCUGUCUGCCUAAUAGCACAUGGAGUGGCACAGUUCCUACGUGUGAAAAAGCACAUGCUCAUACAGGCCAAACAAGCAGAGUUCGGUGUCUCCCUCCACCCAAAAUACUCAAUGGCUACCACAGACCUGCUCCUGACGCAGCUGAUGGUGCGGAGGUCAUCGGGUUUUUCUGUAAAAAUUCCUACAUCCUGAGUGGAAACCACCAGAGUACCUGCCUUGCUAAUGGAUCCUGGAGUAGCAGGCCACCCAAGUGUGUGAGAGCAUGUCGAGAGCCCAAAGUGUCUGAACUUGUGCGACAAAGUGUUGUGAAGCCGCAUCUGAUAUCAAGAGAGAAUUCAGACCAAAGAAUCCGCCUCUCAUCCAGGUACAACAUGCACGAUUUGUUGUCAGCGGGUUUUAUUCCACUUACAUUGAAUAAAAAAAUUAAAAAAGACGAUGACGCUGAUGUGGAGCUCCCUCAUGGGUUUCAUCCCGUCCACGCGACCAUCGAGUACAGUUGUGCCUCCCCGCUCUACCGCAACACAGGAAGCUCCCGACGCACCUGUAUGAAAUCUGGCAGAUGGAGUGGACGCCAUGUUUCCUGCUCUCCAGUUUGUGGCAAAUUCAACACUUCCCAUCCACGUGACCUCACAGACGCAACGUGGCCGUGGCAUGCAGCCGUCUAUAUCCGCUCACCUCCUGAUCACACUGCCAGCACCCCGAGGCCCCGUGGAGUGACCCUGUCUGUCCAGCAGGGGGCCUCAGAGGAGUCCUCAUUCUGGUACCUUGCCUGCAGCGGGGCUCUGCUCAGCCAGCGUAGCGUCCUGGUGGCAGCUCAGUGUGUGGUAGACAAGGACAAGCAGCAGACCCUUCACCCAGCACAUGUGAAGGUUGUCAUAGGCGUACAAUACCAGACACCCAAGGACCGUCUGAAAAGCCUGCAUCACCUCAGGGUUUCAGACAUUUUAGUCCAUGCAAGUUUUUACAGUGCACCGGACUCCAACGUGGCCGUGCUCAAGCUAAAGGACAAAGCCAAGAUCAGUGAACGUGUGUUGCCUGUGUGCCUACCCAAAGUGCAAGGUGGAGAGGUGACAGCGCAGGAGGCUUACACUGCAAGGUGGAUUUUACCAAACGGUCACAGGCACCUGAGCCGCUACAGUCCUUCGAGCCAGACAGGACUUGUUGAGCUGGCAGAUCUUGCACAAUGCGAGAGAGAAUUUGCUCAAGGAGGAGCACAUACCUCCGUGAUCAGUGACAACACGUUGUGCGUCAUAAGGAAGUCGUCCAGUACACAAAGCCCUUGUCCCAGCGUUAUUCCAGGUAUCACAGUCAUGGCAGCUGUGUUUUCAUCCACAAGUGGCGUUCUGUCGGGUCACGAGGAGACUCAGGGAGCCUCCAGCACGGGCUGGCAGCUUCUUGGUUUGGAGAGAGUCAGCUUUACGGAAGAAAAAUGCCACCAACAGACUUACACAGUUCAGACACGAAUAGCCAACUUACGGGACUGGAUAGAGAAAAACAUGAAGUAGAUUUUAUCAGCUUACAAUUGGUAGAAGAUGGAGAUGGAGCAGACAUUUGCUGUGAUAAUUUUGUAACUGCUAUCUGUGUUAAUAUCAUAUAAGGCGAGAACUGUUUUCCUGGGACUCUGCUUGUGUCUCUCUUGUGUGCAUGUUUUUGUUCUGUAUUUGGGCUGCUUCCACUUCAAACAGCUCAACAUUAGCUGGUUACACACCCACU